GCUGGCAGCUGCCUUCAAUAGGGAAUCUAUGGAGUAUUGAGAGAUUGAAGUUUUUCUGAAUGACCGAAACGUUGUUCGUAUUCUCUAUCUUUCAUUCUCCCUAGAGUGAGACUGUGUACACCGAGCAUUAACGUGUCUGAAACCUUCGAAUCCCGAAGAAUUGUAACUAUUGGCUUUCUUGAAGUUGACCGUACCAUUUCCCAGGUGUGGACUUGAUGAAUGGUGCUUCUAGGAGCUUAAGGGCAGCUUUUUCCUACUGCGUGCAGCAAGUAAGAAGUUAUGAUUACCAUCACUACCUCUGUCUCCUUGAACUACCGCCUAACAUGCGGAAGGCUGCUUUUGCACUCCGUUCGUUCAAUGUUGAAACUGCUAGGGCCAUGGAUGUUGCCUCUGAUCCUAGAAUUGGCCUAAUGCGUCUUUUAUGGUGGCAAGAGGCUAUAGACAAAAUUUAUGCAAACAAGUUAAUCGAGCAUCCUACAGCUCAGGCUCUCUCCUCUAUAGUAUCUGAGAAUAAAAUUAGUAAGGCAUGGUUGAAACGCUCUGUCGAAGCUCGGAUCAAUGAUGCUAGGAGAGAAGUCACUGACAUCCCGGAAAGCAUUGAAGAGUUGGAGAAGUAUGCCGAGGACACAGCAUCAACUAUUCUAUAUUUGACACUUCAAGCUGGCGGUAUUAGAUCGACUGCAGCUGAUCAUGCAGCCUCACAUAUCGGUAAGGCAAGUGGACUCCUUUUGUUGCUAAAGUCACUUCCUUACCAUGCUAGCCGAAACCGCCACUUCUCCUACAUUCCAACUAAAGUGGCAGCCAAACAUGGAUUGCUGGUUAAGGAGGGAGGUCAAACUGAAAUCUUCUUGAAUUCGCGAGAGGGCUUAUGCAAUGCUGUAUUUGACAUGGCAUCUGCAGCUCAUGUUCAUCUGCUUAAGGCUCAUGAAUUAGCUGGAACAGUACCAGCCGAAGCACGUCCGGUGCUUCUACCAGCUGUGCCAGCCCAAGUGCUAUUAGAUUCCCUCAGAAAGGUACAAUUUGAUGUGUUUGAUCCAAGGUUGGAAAGAGGGCUCCUAGGUAUACCUCCUUUGUGGUUCCAAUUGAAACUGAAGUGGAAUGCAUGGAGAGGAAAGUACUGAAGAAUCUCAUUUGUAGCUGAAUAGGAGAAUUCUUUCUCAUGCAGGAAACUUGUGCUACGGCAAUUUUGGUUCCUUUUUAUUUUUGUUUCUCAUUUGAAGUUGAUGGGAUUUUCUACUUUAUCCUUAAUAAUAAGGGGAUUGCCUUUUAAUUGGGGCAUGUGUACUAA